GAGGCGGGGCGAGUCCGGAGGACUCCUGGGGCUGCGGGGAACAUGGCGUUUUGGGGUUGGCGCGCCGUGGCAGCCGGCCGGGUGUGGGGCCGGGUAGCUGAACGGGCCGAGGCCGGGGGAGGCGUGGGGCCGUUCCAGGCCUUGGGCUGUCGGCUGUUGCUUGGCGGCAGGGACGAUGUCAGUGCGGGGCAGAGAGGCAGCCGCGAGGUCCUCGGUGAGCCCUUGGACCCGGCGCGCCCCUUGCAGAGGCCCCCCAGACCCGCGGUGCCCAGGGCAUUCCGGAGGCAGCCGAGGGCAGCAGCUCCCGGUUUCUUCUUUUUGAGUAUUAAAGGUGGAAGAAGGCCUAUAUCUUUUUCUGUGAGUGCUUCAAGUGUUGUUGGAAGUGGAGGCGACAGUGACAAGGGGAAGCUUUCCCUGCAGGAUGUAGCUGAGCUGAUUCGGGCCAGAGCCUGCCAGAGGGUGGUGGCCAUGGUGGGAGCUGGCAUCAGCACACCCAGUGGCAUUCCAGACUUCAGAUCUCCGGGGAGUGGCCUGUACAGCAACCUCCAGCAGUACGAUCUCCCGUACCCCGAGGCCAUUUUCGAACUCCCAUUCUUCUUUCACAACCCCAAGCCGUUUUUCACUUUGGCCAAGGAGCUGUACCCUGGAAACUAUAAGCCCAACAUCACUCACUACUUCCUCCGGCUGCUUCAUGACAAGGGGCUGCUUCUGCGGCUCUACACGCAGAACAUCGAUGGGCUUGAGAGAGUGUCGGGCAUCCCUGCCUCAAAGCUGGUUGAAGCUCAUGGAACCUUUGCCUCUGCCACCUGCACAGUCUGCCGAAGACCGUUCCCAGGGGAGGACUUUCGGGCUGACGUGAUGGAAGACAGGGUUCCCCGCUGCCCGGUGUGCACCGGCGUUGUGAAGCCCGACAUUGUGUUCUUUGGGGAGCCGCUGCCCCAGAGGUUCCUGCUGCACGUGGUUGAUUUCCCCAUGGCAGAUCUGCUGCUCAUCCUUGGGACCUCCCUGGAGGUGGAGCCUUUUGCCAGCUUGACCGAGGCCGUGCGGAGCUCCGUUCCCCGACUGCUCAUCAACCGGGAGUUGGUGGGACCCUUGGCGUGGCAUCCUCGCGGCAGGGACGUGGCCCAGCUGGGGGACGUGGUUGACAGUGUGGAAAGGCUAGUGGAGCUUCUGGGCUGGACGGAAGAGAUGCGGGACCUUGUCCGGCGGGAAACUGGGAAGGCAGGUGUCUUAGGAAAUCCUGAUCCUUUUUCCUCGUCCACAGCUGUGGCUGCCUCAUGGCUCAGGGCCAUGGGGUCAGCACUCUCCUCACCUCCACCAGUCCGAGACCUCCAACCUCUGGUCGCAGGCUGAUUUUUUACCAAUCAUGGUCACUUCAUUAUGGUAGCGGGGAACCCAGCUUAAUGGACCAGACAAAUAGGAUGAUGGCUGCCCCCACACAAUAAAUGGUGACAUAGGAGACAUCCACAUCCCAAUUCUGACGAGACCUCAUGGCUAAUUUUGGUCAAACCAGAAUAUGUGAACUGAGUGGACACUGGAGGCUGCCACUGGAAUGUCUUCUCAGGCCGUGAGCUGCGCUGACUGGUAGGGCUGUGUUUACGUUCAGGGCCUCCCCGUCACAUAUACAAAGGAGCUGCCUGCCUGCCUGUUUGCUGUGUUGAACUCUUCACUCUGCUGAAGCUCUUAGUGGAAAAAGCUUUCUUCUGUGACCCUCUUGAACUGAACAGACCGACUGGAAUCCCAGACCGAGUUUGCUUUCUGUGCCCAGGUGAAGGGCAAGCUCAGCAUCUGUUGGUUAGAAGAUCCAGACUUGGGCUGAGCAGCCCCCAGCCCUCUUCAUGUCCCAAAGUGUGGUCCUGAGACCCCAGUGCUGCACUUCUAGCAUGUUGGUCUCCUUUAGUAGGGCUAUUUUUAAUGAGAGAAAAUCUGUUAUUUCCAACAUGAAAUACAUUUAGUCUCCUCAAAGGGACUGCAAGGUUGACAUGAGUUGGAAAGGGAACCCUGGAAUACACGGCAUCCCCUCUGUUGGAACAGUCUGAGGACUGAAGGCAUUUGUCCCUGGAUUUAUUGGAGAUGGCCCAGCUCCUCCCUCUGAAGGUGGUCACAUUCUGUUGACUCUCCAUACUCAGCCUCUCCUCCAGAAACACAUGUUCCAGAACAUUCCAGCACUUUCUAUCUGGUCUCCUUGUCCCCACACUAGUCCCCCUCCCCCAGGGCUUCCUCCAGUGACAGUUAGAGCUAAUCUCUGAGACAGGGAAGGCAUUACUCACUUCAAACCCAGGCUGAGUCCUGGCCACCUGCUGGAUUGUGACGAAGGCCCAGCUCUGAUGGCUCGCCCUGUCAGGCACCAGCUGCUUCCUCCUGGGCUCUUACCCACAUGCACAUCCUCCUUCCUAGCAUCAGAUUACCUGCGUGUUUCCCCAGACAAAAGCACUUCCCAUUCCUGAACCUUGCCUACCCUGGGCUGAGCUGAUGGGAAUAGAUUUAAUGACAGUGACUCCCAGGAAGGGGGUCCUGUGACUUUGCUGUGGUAAGAACAAAAGGUGGAACUGGUGACCUAGGAAAAGUGUUGAAUUCUAAAAAGAAUGAAAUUAGUUUCUAACUCUA